CACAGCUGGCCACCUUUGCGGAGUAUGCAAUCUGAUUCUCACAGUUCUGGUCUCAGAAGAUCUCCAACUCCAUCCCAAUAUUCCGCUUUUAACUCCUCGACAAUGUCGUCCCAAAACUCUGGCGGUUCUGCGAGAAGCCCUCGGCAGCGCAACAAAACUAGCCCCUCCCAGCAUCUGUCGACCAUUGAGAAAUCUGUAACUCAGCUUCUCAUUGCGACUAAACAGCUACUCGAAACUCUCACCGCCUGGUCGCGGCAACAGGCCACCGAGGCUGAGGUAUCCGAUGUUUACGUUCGCCUCGGCUCCGAAACGAUACUGGAGAGCACUCUGAGUCAAGACGCUAGUCCGCAAAGCUUGGAUGUUUAUCUGCCGCGAAUCAGAGAGAUUAUCAUUAAUCUUUUACACGGUCUUAAACGGAAACAACAAAAACUGCGACAGAAAAAUACAAGGGAAUCCGGUGGAUCCUCUGGGGGUCCGCCUUCUGAGGGAGGGCUUCCAUCUCAGCCAGCACCUCCCCCCAGGACAAGAAGUGGCGAUUCUUUAGAGGAGGUUGCUCCUCCGCGUUCUUCGUCGCUUCCGAGUGGGGGACAAAAUCAAAGGGGCCCUUCGCCGACACCUCCGUACCCGACUUCAGCGAAGGGUUCUACGUCGACGUCUUCUGUGCGAAGCUCUCACAACCACAACGCAUCUAUCAGUUCAAAUCUGGCUUCGCCCCCCAUAACAAACGAUUCGGUAGAUUCUUAUAACAAGCCCACAAUCAAUGGGCCACCUGAUGCUCUAGCCGCUUUGCAGCGGGAAGACCCUCUUCAGAGAAGGGCCUCCCGUCGCUAUUCAGCAUAUCAAAUUGCGAAGCUUACAGGGACUUCGCCAGGCGGUGUACCAAUGCUGCCUUCCAACCCUUCCGCAGUCCCUCGAAAUCGGGAAUCGAAGGAAUCACUGGACGCUGUUCGAGUAAGACGUCCCUAUCAACCAAAAUCAGUUCGGAGCGAUGAGACUUCUCCAAUGAGAAAUGUAAAUCGUAUAUCAGAAGAGCGAGAAACCGACCUCUCAUCGCCAGCCAUUAAAGAGAUUGAGAAAGAGGCACCAGCUGUUCCUGCGAAAGACAAUGAGGUCAUCAAGGGGAAGCCCGCAAUUAAAGUUGAUAUGGACACGUCCCCUCCCCCAACACCCCAAAAGGGUGAAAUGAAGGCCAUGAUUCCUACCAAGGCUGUUUCGGGUGCGAUUCAGGCAAGCUCACAGAAGCCUGACAACAGGCGAGAUUCUUCCAGUCCGCCACCGGGCAAAGACCUCACUCUUUUUCUUCAACUUGGCCGCUCCAUCAAAAAGGUAUACCUUGCCGAUGGUUUGGAUGAAUUGUCAAUUACCUCCCUUAGGCUACUAUUUAUAUCCAAAUUCAACUAUAACCCACCUUCGGGGGAGGACUUCCCGGAAAUCUAUCUACAAGAUCCGGUCUCUGGUGUGCGAUAUGAGCUUGAGGAUACCAGAGACGUUAAGGAUAGAGCCGUAUUGUGUUUGAAUGUUGAGGUAUUGGAUGAGGUCAAAAGACAUAUUGAUGAUGGAAUGGGCAACCUCAGAAAAUUGUUAGAGGGAUUACGGGGAUCAGUUGACGGCCAAGGACUUCAAAUUCAGAGAGUAGCUGAGAGACAAGAGGAGGCGGCUAAGAAGAUAGCAGAACUCUCAGUUGCGCCCCCUGUGACGACCCCGAUUCUCAUGUCGCAACCCCAAUCGCUGCCGGACCCCUCCUCAGCGUCUUCGGCAAAGCAGGACAACACGGCACAACUUGGCGAAAUUCGGGACCUUCGCAAGGAUUUGGCUGUCCUUCGACAGGUUUAUUCUACAUUUGUUGCCGAUAUCAAUACUUCAAUGUCUACUAUCAAGAUCAAGGCUGGUUCGGUCAAGGCGGUAGCCAGUAACCCAACCCUCGGCCCUAACGAGGGUCGUGCCUACGUUGAGGCCGGCAAAAAAACCUUGGCCAAUGAUGCAGAUGCUCUAGUUAACCGUGUCGACGACCUUCAGGAUACCGUCGAAGAUCUGCGGAAGGACGUGGUUCAACGAGGCGUCCGUCCUUUGGCACGCAAUCUGAACCAAGUGAAGAAAGAAAUUGCGCAAGCCAGAACAGAGCUCAAAAAGAUGGCUGAAUACAUCAAGAGAGAGAAACCUGUUUUCCGCAAGGUCUGGGAGAAGGAGGUUGAGCUCGUCUGCCAAGAACAGGAUUUCUUCAACAUGCAAGAGAACCUUAUUGAAGACCUGCAGGACGAUCUUGACAAAGCAGGGCAGACAUUCCAGCUGGUUGAGCAAUGCACAGAGACACAGUUCAAGGCCAAUGGCGCGGGCGGAGCCAUGAGAUCCGCUAGCAGGGGUUUCCCCAUGGGAAUGGUGCAUCCAGAUGAUCAACUUGACCCUACCGAAGCUAAGGACAGUGUGCUUAGUGAGGUGCGCGCCCUACAGCCAAAUCAUGAGGGCAGGCUGGAAGCGAUUGAGAGGGCGGAAAAGGCUAGACAGAAAGAGUUGGAAGGCAGGGUCCCUGAAUUCCAGAAGGAGCUCGGAGAGUUUGUGGAGGAGGGUAAGCUUAAGAAGGCAGGGGGUGUAGAUGAAGUGGAGAGAUUAAGGAUGGCUAGGGACGAGAAGAUUCGCAAAGAGAUGUGGGAGCUGAAAAGGCAGAUGGAGGAAGCGGAGGCCCGUGCCGAAGCCGAAGAGUCGGACGAUGAGGAGGAAGAGAGCAGCGACGAAGAUGAGUGAGCGACCAAUGGGGUGGUAUAAAGGGAUCUGAUUGAUGAGCUGUAUGGGUCACGUGAAAUGCAAUGACAGGUUGGGUGGACUUUUUUCUUCGUCACGGCGCAAUGGGUAUGUAUGUGUUCGUUGUUUGAUUCAUGGAAAUGCCAUCUGCGGCGGGGGUUUUCUAUAUAUCUUUUCUUUGUGCAUAGCACUUGUCUUUUCUCUCAAGUUUUAUACCAAAUCCCCCCCACCCAAUCAAUAAUUUUGUCAUCUUUUUCCAUGGGAGACUCGAGUGAAUGCACUGUGGGAAGGGGCUUUUGAUGUACAUUUCAAGUAUCAGUUGUACAUUCAAGGCAAAAACAAAAAACUCAACAACAGCUUUGUCUAACGGG